AUGGUCGACAAUAAACGGAUCAAAACCAUUUUCGAUGGCUAUGCAAAAACGAAAAAAGGGAAAUUGAGUCGAUCGGAGGCGAAAAAAGCGCUGGAGGAGUUGGACAAGGAUACCGACGAGUUUGGGGAUCAAUGGCGGAAGAAUUCGAGCUCGGGAUUUGUGGAUUUACAUGAACAUUCCAAAAAGAAGAAAAAGAAGAAGACUCCAGAAUCCUCGAAUUCUGGAAAACGACGUCAUCGGAUUCGAAAAACCGAGGAGCACGAGGAAGAGAAGGAAAAAGAGGAGCAUCACGAGUCGCAGGAUGAGAAUUUUGAGUUCGACACUUCUAGAAGACGUCGAGCUGCUUCAGAAGACGUCCCGAACGACAUCUUGCUCAAAAAAGAGCCGGAAAUCGAUUCGGACAGCUCAGAGGACUCAGAAAAUGCUGGAAAAUGUCACUGCCACUGCGACCAUACCCACACUGAAGAAUAUUCUUCAAAAACCGACAAAUUUACUCAUCAUCAUUGUGCAAAAUGCAAAGUUAAAUGUCCCAUUUGUACUUGA